AUGACUCCGGGGUCAUCCUCCCGACCAGAAGUGCCUUCGCCUUCAGCAUCAUUCUACGACCUCUCGGACGACGAAGAAGGUGGCUACAACACAAUUGCCCAUGCCUCGGCCACAAAGGGCGUGAAAUUGCUCUUCUCCAAAAGCAAGGUCUAUGUGCAUCCGACACCUUCAGCCAAAGACAACAUCCCGGGCUUCAUCGCCCUGGUCCAGCAAAGGUCGCCUGCGCUGUCCGACGACAAUCAACGACCCACCUCCUCCGACUCCUCGUCCAAGAAGAAAACAAAUGCCUCGUCAUAUCUUUUGGCCUGGGUCCCAGAGGCCUCUUUGGCACAAGAUGAUCUAAGCACCUAUGUCAAGGUGGACAUGAAGGAUGGCGAAUCUCCUCCGAGACAAAGUUACUUGGUCCCUCCGCUGCCUCUCGCGACCACCUUCGACGAGUCUCCUGUCGGACCAUAUGCAUUUUCCCUACCUCUCUCCAGCAUAUACUCCAUUCACGUUCGUCCACCCAGUCUGGGCUGGUGGUAUGGAAGCAUAGUUAUCAACACCCGCGCCGGCUCGAGCUUACCGGCUUUGUUUUUCCAUGACUCGGAAUGUGAAAGCACAAUAUUGCAGAAGAAAAAAAGAGCACGGGAGUCAUUUGACCCGUUUGGAGAAACCGGUGACUUGUUCUGGGGCGGUGACGAGGUGCUCCGGUGGCUGAAGAGAUACGUCCCCGUGGAAAGGAGCACGGCGGAGCCAUCGAUAUACCUCAUCGACCCAUCUGAAGAAGAUCGUGUUGGCUUUGGCCAAAGCCGCAAAUCGCUCGAAAAAACAAGACGAAAGAGUGAAGCAUCAACAUCCAAGAAGCCUGAGCAGAAGAAACCAUCAGGCCCAGGGAUGGAUCCUUUCACAAAGGCACUCAAAGAAACUCGAUGGAAGAUCCUGGAACAACUGUCCAAAGUCACUACGUUUACUCGACGAACCGCCGAGGAUCUUGCUAACAACAAGAACCUCCCUCCUCAAGUGCGGCGGCUCAUUCAGAACCCCGAGAUUCAGACCCUACAGGAUGAGUUUGACAGCGCAAAGUUAUACCUGGCACGAUGGGCUAUGAGCAUUGCAGAACAGAGCGAGCGAGAGAAGAGGCAGAGAAUAUGGACUGCCCGAGAUGUGCUGGACUCCGAAGAAACCAGCGUGGGAGAUUUCGAAAUUUUGGACAUGGAGGCUGCUCGAAUGACCUUGGCUGACAGCAAGAGACGCCCGGUCGACAUGAAAGAGUGGACCUCCUUUUUCGAUUCGAAAGGCAAGUUGCAAGUCAUGAUGGACGAGGUCAAGGAACGCAUCUUCCACGGCGGCCUCGAUGCUGAGGAUGGUGUACGCAAAGAGGCAUGGCCUUUUCUACUGGGCCUGUACGAGUGGGACAGUACAGAGGAGGAGCGGCAUACUCUCAUGAACAGGAAACGAGACGAAUACAUUCAACUGAAAGGUGCUUGGUGGGAUAGAAUGAUCGACGGCGACGCAACUCCCGAACAGGAGGAAUGGUGGAAGGAGCAGAAAGUCCGAAUUGGUGAAGAUAUCCCUCACCCAGACCCAACCUCGCCCUUCUUCAAUCCCAAUGGACCUGGCACAAAUGUCCACAUGGAGCAACUAAAAGAUAUGCUUCUGACCUAUCUGGAAUACGACACGCCUCCCUCCACCACGACCUCCAGCUCUCAACAGCCCUCUUCCUCUUCGCAGCCACGGCGCUACCAGACCCAAAAUCCACACCCCCAGAACCUGGGUUAUGUCCAAGGCAUGUCCGAUCUCCUCUCACCUCUUUACGCCGUCUUUCAAGACGAUGCCGUGGCAUUCUGGGCCUUUGUGCAAUUCAUGCGCCGGAUGUCACGCAACUUUGUCCGCUCACAGGUGGGAAUGCGCGCCCAACUCAACACCCUCGACCAACUAGUCCAACUUCUCGAUCCGAAAUUAUACCUCCAUCUUCAAUCGGCCGACUCCACAAACUUUUUCUUCUUCUUUAGAAUGCUGCUUGUUUGGUUCAAGAGAGAGUUUGAGUGGUCCGACACGCUAAGGCUUUGGGAGUCGCUGUGGACCGACUAUUAUUCGUCUCAAUUCCACCUUUUCAUUGCGAUGGCGAUCCUUGAAAAGCACCGGGAUGUAAUCAUGGACCAUCUGAAGCACUUUGACGAAGUGCUGAAAUACAUCAAUGAGUUGAGCGGGACGAUUGAGCUUCAAGAUAUCCUAUGGAGAGCCGAGGGGCUAUUCAAGAGAUUCGAGAAGACGGUCGAGACCAUUGAUCGGAAAGACACCUUUCCGCUCCCAAAUGCCGGUCAACGCGAAGCGGACCUGCGACAGAGGAAACCAGGCCAAGCUACAGGUGCUGGGGAGCAGCAGAGGGAUUCAGCCGCCACAGCGUCAGGUAGUGGUACCGGCACCGCACCGAGCCCAUCUACGCGGCCGCCAACACAGGGCCGAAACCCACCUUCCAGUCCAGCCAGACGCGGACCUGCAAAAGGAAAAGAAGUUGAAGAAGCCAAAGAGAGAGUCAUCACACCGGAGCUGCGCCUCCUGCUCAGCCGGAAGAUCGUCACGUUAGAAGGCGAGGACGCCACCAGGGACACGGAAAGGGCAACGAGGCCGAGUGGGCUGAAAGAUUGA